AUGCCGAUCGCUCAGCAAACAAACCUGGGGUGGAUCCUCUCUGGCGGAUACGACGCCGCUUCAGUCAACGGACAUCGCCGCACAUUCCGAUGCACCGCCGAUCAUGACCUCGCCGACCUCGUUCGCCGCUUUUGGGAGCAGGAGAGCGAGCCAAUAUCUCAGGCUCCACUCACUCCUGACGAAACCAAGUGCGAGGAGCUUUACGUGCGCACCGUCACACGCACGCCCACCGGAAGAUACAUGGUGAGACUGCCUCUCGCAUCACCGCCGACGACUCUUCAAGACACUCGCCGCCCAGCGGAGCACCUCCUGAAGGCCAUGGAGUCCAAGGGCAGCCGAGACUUUCGAUUCGGCGACCUUUAUCGCAGCUUCAUGCAGGAAUACGAGGACCUGCAACACAUGAAGAGGGUAAAUAUCGCAACAACAGCUGAGGACAUCAGAUGCUACUUACCGCAUCACGGGGUCCUGAAUGAGUCGAGCACGACGACGAAGCUCCGAGUCGUGUUCAACGGCUCUCAACGGACACGAACCGGGACCUCGCUGAAUUCGCAUCUGCUGACUGGGGCGAAUUUACUGCCCGCUCUCACCGACGUACUGCUGCGAUGGCGUUGGCACCGGUAUGUCUUCGUCACAGACAUCGAGAAGAUGUACAGCCAAAUUCUCGUACAUCCUGAGGACUGCAGUCUUCAAACAGUACUGUGGCGUCAUAACAGAACGAACGAGAUCCAGGAGUACGAGCUGCUGACGGUGACCUACGGCAUGGCUUGUGCACCGUUCCUGGCCAUCCGAACGCUGCGACAACUCUGUGCGGACGAGGGGGCGCAGUUUCCUCAAAGGGCCACAGCACUUCGGCGAGAUUGCUACGUCGACGACGUAGUCACCGGAGCGGACGACCUCGGCGAUGCCGUCAACCUCCAGACAGAGCUGCGCAACCUCUGCAUGGCGGGCGGAUUUUUGCUGAGGAAGUGGGCUUCAAACAAUCCGGACGUCCUCAGCGGAGUCCCACAGGAGCAUCGGCUGCAGCAAGGACCACAUUCCUGGGACGACGAGAGCCAUUCGACCUUGGGUCUGCGAUGGCAUCCUCAAGAAGACCGACCACCUGGCUUCAGCAACUCGACUGGGACACUCCACUACCUGCCAAGGACGUCAAACGUUGGCAACAGCUGCUGA